AUGGUGGCCGGCUCGGCGGUAUACCCUGCCGGCUGGAACGAGGCGGCCGUGCAGGAGACGUGCGGACCGACCGCGGACCAGUACAACAUCGGGCGGUGCCACGUGCGCUGGGCGUAUCUCCUCGCGGUGAUCGGCUGUCUGGACGGGAUCGUUCUCUCCGCGCUGGCCUUCAUAUUGGCAACGAGACACGUUAAGCUGCAACCAGACACCGCCUACCCGCCACCUUCGCUGUACAAAGGCGAAGUUAACAACGCGUACGUGACCGACGCCCAGUCGGUGGCCGGCUCUCGCAAGUCUCUAGCGCUGCAGCCGGUUCUGCUUGUGCGGCCGCCGCCGGAUAUCGACAGCUACUCUCACUACUCGCACCCAUCGCACCACUCCGGAAGGACUCCGCGGCCGAAACACGGCCUAUACGCGAACGCUAUGCACAAUUACCAGCUA